UGUGGGCGGAGCCUCUUUGGAGACGCCAGGCAGAUUGCUCUGCUGCUUUACUUUCACUUUGUCGAGCUAUAAAAACACACACGCGUCCUUCUCCUGCAGAAUAACAGAGAGAAACACCGUAAGAGACGAGACGCGCACGAGAAGCAGCCUCACGUUCAUCUUACUGACAAACUCCAGGAAACAUCAUGACCACCGCUGACAGGCUGCUGGAGCAGAUGUUCUCCUGGAUCGACCAGAGGAGUCUCUGUGCGGACCAACUGGUCAAACUGGCCCGGGAGCUCGAGUCCCUCAGGAAGAAUUGCAAAGGUGGUGAAGUUAUGGGCAGCUCGGUGGCUGUGCUGGGGGCUGCGUGUGUGAUCGGCGCCGGCGUCACCCUCCUCACCGGCGGAGCAGCUGCUCCAUUUUUAGGUUUGUUGGGAACAACAUAUUUAGGAGCUGGUGCCGUCGUCUCUGUGGCCACGAAACUCAUCGAGCACUUCCUGUCCAGCAGCACCAUGAAGGAUGCACAGGAAAUCGAAGAGAAAAGCAACCAAUUAGCAAAAGACAUUCAGCGACUGUUCGAGAAACUAAAGUCGGAGAAGAAGAAGGCGAACAGAUUCGCCAACCCGGACGAUUUGGACAAACACAUCCUGAUGGACAUCCUGAGAGCUGUGGCAAAACGAAGUGGAGUGAAGAUGAACAUCAACUUCAGAAUGAUCGCCGACGAUCCGAAUUGGUCUGUUGGUGGAGGACAACAUGUCACAAGGUUCAGUCCCGGCCUCAACCUUCCGAUUCUGGAGAGCGUCACUGGAGUUUUAGGGUUUUUCACGCUCUCGUCUAUCGGGAACCAAUCUAAGUUUCUAUUUGAUAAAGGAAGUCAGCAGCUGAUCAAGAAAAUAUCUGUGACUGGACUGAAAACAGUGCUCAAAGGAGGCGGCAUGCUGGUGGGAGGAGCUAUUGGAAUGGCGUUUGCUCUUAAUGAGGCGAUCGACAGCUGGACAGAUCUGAUCAAGAACGACAACGUGACUGAAGCCAGCCAAUCCCUGCGAGACACAGCCGAAGCCAUCCGAAAGAUCUCACAGGCCCUGAAGGAUCAGUUUAAAGAUAUGAAGCGGAUGCUCGAGAAGAUUCCAGAACCUCUACCAAUUUACCCUGGUGUUAAAGCUGGGCUCCACAGCAACCAGGGAGUGUUGAGCCCGGUCCGAACCGGACUACACAGCCCGUUCCCAUCCAGACCAAACAGCCUGUUCCCAUCCGGACCAGACAGCCCGGUCCCAUUAGGAAUGCACAGCCUGUUCCCAUCCGGACCAGACAGCCCGGUCCCAUUAGGAAUGCACAGCCUGUUCCCAUCCGGACCAGACAGCCCGGUCCCAUUAGGAAUGCACAGCCUGUUCCCAUCCGGACCAGACAGCCCGGUCCCAUUAGGAAUGCACAGCCUGUUCCCAUCCGGACCAGACAGCCCGGUCCCAUUAGGAAUGCACAGCCUGUUCCCAUCCGGACCAGACAGCCCGGUCCCAUUAGGAAUGCACAGCCUGUUCCCAUCCGGACCAGACAGCCCGGUCCCAUUAGGAAUGCACAGCCUGUUCCCAUCCGGACCAGACAGCCCGGUCCCAUUAGGAAUGCACAGCCUGUUCCCAUCCGGACCAGACAUCCCGGUCCCAUUAGGAAUGCACAGCCUGUUCCCAUCCGGACCAGACAGCCCGGUCCCAUUAGGACUACACAGCCUGUUCCCAUCCGGACCAGACAGCCCGUUCCCAUCCGGACCAGACAGCCCGUUCCCAUCCGGACGAGACAGCGUGUUCUUAGAUUCGAGGUUCAAAUGGGAAAGGCAGAUGCUCGAGAAGAUGGAAGAGGAACAGUGUGAGCAGGCGAAAGUUAAACACAUUAUUGAAAACCCAUACAGAAGCUCUGCAGACAAGAAAUACUUAUAUAGGUAUGCCACGACAGGAAAGCCGAACGAACAGGUGCAACAAUGGCUGAAGGAGAAUCCAGGGACGGAGACUUUCAUCAAACUUGUGGAGUUGUUUCAAUUAAUGAAAAAUGAAAUCCUCGAUAAGUCAAAGAAGGACAAGUCUAAUUACGAAGAUACUGAAGUGGACAUCAUCUUUCUGGCUCACGGAUCGAUCACACAACCCAUGAUUCCAGCUUCCCGUCUCCUGUAUCCCAACAUCCAAGACGUGCUCCUGUAUUCCCCCUGGAACUGUCUCCUCAAUGCUGAUGCAGCCUACGGCAUCGCUACAGGACUCUUGCAGCCUGGGCAAAGAAGCUUUAUCUGUCAAUCAGGAAGUGGCUGUAAAUGUUAUGAAAGACACUGGCCCGUGAAACUGCCACCUGGCUGGAACUCAAUGAAGAAAGCAGGACAGAUUCCUAACAUCAUGGUCAGUACUAUCACGAAUAAAGAAGAAGAUCUUGCAUGGACGACUUUUUUCAAUCUAACAGAAACAUAUGGUUCACCACAGAGAGGCCGCAUCCUCGUCCCAUUCUACCUUGGUGGUUGGGCAGUAACCGUCCCGUUCUUCAUCGUCACCUUGGUCAUGAAUCUGGUGCUGUCUCUCUUCCAGAUCAAAGCCACCAUCCAUCUCGCCGCCUGUCUGGGUGAUGGAUCUAGCUGGUUUUCCAGAGAGUUCCUGGAGAAUCAGUACUCCUACACUGUCGACAACACCGUGAUGAUGACAGUGCAGCCCAUUCGGUCCAUCACCCACCCCGACCUGUACAGGAACCUACGGGCCAUGUUCAAUUAGACGGACAAAACUUCAACAUUUUCUGGAGAUGACAAGUUCUGUUCCAGUGAAAGUUUUGUCCAUGCCUCAAGCUGAACUGAUUUCCCAGCUCGAUGCAUCUCCGAGUGUUUAAACACGUCGGUAUCAACAAACAAACAAUCCCAUUUUAAUCUGAGAGAUGAUUUCCAGUACCCUGAAUCGUGUUCAAGAUCUACGAUCACUUUGAGAACGUUGAUUUUUUUCCCCCCUCGACACAGAUGAGUUAUGAACAUUAGAAAUCAUAUUUACUGUGAUCUAACCCUGAAGUAGGGCGGCUGUGGCUGAGGGGUCGAGUGGUCGUCCUCCAACCAGAUGGUCGGCUGAUUGGAUCAAAUGUAAUAUGAUGAUGUGGAGGAGUCGGGGUGUCUGACAUGGUCGCACCUGUAUUGAAAAAUUAUAUAAUCAUACUAUACUAUGUAUUAUGCAUGCUUAUGUAACCACACUUAUCUGUGCUUAUGCAUAUCACGUCUGACAAGUUGUCUGUUGGUGACUCACUAGCUGCCGGUCUCUGGGAAUCCGGACAUCGGAGCCACUAAUCACUUUGCUGUCUCCUCCAGUCUUAUCUUCGGGGGUGUACUUCGCAUUUACACACACACAAUUUGCCUCAUACACAAACACAUCACCUAAUAAACGUGCACUUGAAAGACAA